CAAUCAGAGCGCAGCUCGGCUGCCGCGGUCGGCGCGGAUGUGGGACGUCAUCCGGGAGCGCCAGCCACUCCGGGGGAAGCUGCGCCGGCUAGGAACGGUCGAGCGGGGAGGCAGGCCCCAGAAUGUCUCUGGCCGACGAGCUCCUGGCUGACCUGGAAGAGGCGGCUGAAGAGGAAGAGGGAGGAAGUUAUGGGGAGGAAGAGGAGGAGCUGACCAUCGAGGAUGUGCAGGAGGACACGCAGCUGGACCUCUCGGGAGAUUCAGUCAAGAGCAUCGCCAAGCUAUGGGACAGCAAGAUGUUCGCCGAGAUCAUGAUGAAGAUCGAGGAGUACAUCAGCAAGCAAGCCCAGGCGGCCGAAGUACUGGGACCCGUGGAGGCAGCCCCCGAAUACCGCGUCAUCGUUGAUGCCAACAACCUCACGGUGGAGAUUGAGAACGAGCUGAACAUCAUUCACAAGUUCAUCCGGGACAAGUACUCCAAGAGGUUCCCCGAGCUGGAGUCCCUGGUGCCCAACGCACUGGACUACAUCCGUACCGUGAGGGAGCUGGGCAACAGCCUGGACAAGUGCAAGAACAAUGAGAACCUGCAGCAGAUCCUGACCAACGCCACCAUCAUGGUCGUCAGCGUCACCGCCUCCACCACCCAGGGGCAGCAGCUGUCGGAGGAGGAGCUGGAGCGGCUGGAGGAGGCGUGCGACAUGGCACUAGAACUGAACGCCUCCAAGCACCGCAUCUACGAGUACGUGGAGUCCCGCAUGUCCUUCAUCGCGCCCAACCUGUCCAUCAUCAUCGGGGCGUCCACGGCCGCCAAGAUCAUGGGCGUAGCUGGCGGCCUGACCAACCUCUCCAAGAUGCCCGCCUGCAACAUCAUGCUGCUGGGCGCCCAGCGCAAGACGCUGUCCGGUUUCUCGUCCACCUCUGUGCUGCCCCACACCGGCUACAUCUACCACAGUGACAUCGUGCAGUCCCUGCCUCCGGAUCUGCGGCGGAAAGCGGCCCGGCUGGUGGCCGCCAAGUGCACGCUGGCCGCCCGCGUGGACAGUUUCCAUGAGAGCACGGAGGGCAAGGUGGGCUACGAGCUGAAGGAUGAGAUAGAACGCAAGUUCGACAAGUGGCAGGAGCCGCCCCCCGUGAAGCAGGUGAAGCCGCUGCCCGCGCCCCUUGAUGGGCAGCGCAAGAAGCGAGGCGGCCGCAGGUACCGCAAGAUGAAGGAGCGCCUAGGGCUCACGGAAAUCCGGAAGCAGGCCAACCGCAUGAGCUUCGGCGAGAUUGAGGAGGACGCCUACCAGGAGGAUCUGGGCUUCAGCCUGGGCCACCUGGGCAAGUCCGGCAGCGGGCGUGUGCGGCAGACGCAGGUGAACGAAGCUACCAAGGCCAGGAUCUCCAAAACCCUGCAGCGGACCCUGCAGAAGCAGAGCGUGGUGUACGGCGGCAAGUCCACCAUCCGGGACCGUGCCUCGGGGACUGCCUCCAGCGUGGCCUUUACCCCCCUGCAGGGCCUGGAGAUCGUGAACCCGCAGGCGGCCGAGAAGAAGGUGGCCGAGGCCAACCAGAAGUACUUCUCCAGCAUGGCCGAGUUCCUCAAGGUCAAGGGCGAGAAGAGUGGCAUCCUGUCCACCUGAGGGGUCUGUGCAGCCAGGUGGCUGCCCGCGGAGGGGACAGAGGCCUGGUCCUCCUGGAGCGACUGGGAUAGGGCCAGGACCAAGAGGUUGGGAUGGCCGUGGGGCGAGGACUGUCCAGGCCUGGAUCG